CCCGAUUGCGGAAGAGACGCCUAUUUCGCCUGGUCCGUGGAGCGCUGUGGAGUGUCGUUAGUGUCGUCCGCUUCAUCCGUUGCGUUUAACAAACUCGUGUCUCUUGAUCCAAAAAGGGGAAGUGUUGGCGCGAGAUGUCGACUUGCCAAAGAAUUCAACAGUCCGUCCACCAGGAGAAUGGGGAUGGAAAUUUGGCUUCACCAAAGAAGAAACAGAGAACUUUAACUACCGGUCUUCCGGCCAAGGUCACGGUUGUUCUGGGCGCGCAAUGGGGCGAUGAGGGUAAAGGAAAAGUCGUGGAUAUGCUGGCUACUGAUGCUGACAUCGUUUGCAGGUGUCAGGGUGGAAAUAAUGCAGGUCAUACAGUAGUAGUAGAAGGUGCCGAAUUCGACUUUCAUCUUCUGCCUAGUGGAAUAAUCAAUCCAGAAUGCAAAUCCGUUAUAGGAAACGGCGUCGUCAUUCAUUUGCCGGGACUCUUUGAAGAAUUGGAGAAGAACGAGGCAAAGGGUCUUAAGGAUUGGAAAGACAGGCUUAUAAUAUCGGAUCGGGCUCAUAUCGUUUUUGACUUUCAUCAACAGGUUGAUGGAUUGCAAGAAUUAGAAAAGGGUACACAAUCUUUGGGAACUACGAAGAAGGGAAUUGGACCCACAUAUUCGAGUAAGGCUGCAAGAAAUGGCCUUAGAAUCGGUGAUCUUCUUGGAGACUUUGAAAGUUUCUCUGAGAAAUUCAAAACUCUAGUCGCGUUUUUCCAGAGAAUGUUUCCAUCGCUACACGUAGACAUUAAGGCUGAACUGGAACGCUACAAGGGAUAUGCUGAACGCAUUAGACCUCUUGUCAAGGAGACUGUCUUUUUCCUUUAUCAAGCGUUGAAAGAUGGUAAAAAAGUCCUUGUGGAAGGAGCCAAUGCUGCGUUGCUUGAUAUCGACUUUGGCACUUAUCCCUACGUUACAAGCUCAAAUUGUAGCAUUGGUGGUGUGUGUACAGGUCUUGGUGUACCACCUAGCACUAUCGGGGAAGUAGUUGGUGUAGUGAAGGCAUAUACCACGAGAGUGGGUGAUGGUCCAUUCCCAACUGAACUUAUGGAUGCUACUGGAGAGAUGCUACAAAACAGAGGUCAUGAAAUAGGCGUGACUACUAAACGAAAGAGACGUUGCGGUUGGCUGGAUUUAGCCUUACUUAAAUUUACAGGAAUGGUUAACGGAUAUACUUGCAUUUGCUUAACGAAGCUGGAUAUCCUGGAUACAUUAUCGGAAAUUAAGGUGGCAGUUCGAUAUCGCUUGGAUGGUAAAGAGAUAGACUACUUUCCAAGCAAUGCAUCGGUUCUAGCACGGGUUGAGCCGAUAUAUGAAACCUGUAAGGGUUGGGAAACUAACACGGAAGGCGUUCGCUCCUUAGAAAAAUUACCUCCCAAUGCAAAGAAAUACGUGCGAUUAAUAGAAGAGCACUUGGACGUACCAGUGAAAUGGAUAGGCGUGGGAGCAGGUAGAGAAAGUAUUAUUGCUCUCUGACGAUUUUCGAAGUGCAGUCAUUUUUCGAAACGCACUAUUUUUAGUGUAUUAUUAAUGAUAACUGUUAAUGUAUUAUUCACAAUUACCAGCUGAUGCGCACACAUUAAGAAAACCUGCCUAGUAGGCAUAUGCUGAAGGAAAAUAGGGAUUAUACAGACACAAAGUAAUGAAAUAAAUACUUAAUCAUUGUGAGAUGUAAAUGUAUCACCUGCUACACGGUUAUUGUCUACUGCUUGAAACUAAAAAGAAGAAACGAUACCUUUAUUUGCCUGGCACUGUCAUUUAUUAUAAAUAGAAUGAAUUGUUAAUGUACAAAUAUUUAAUAAUAAUUAUUGUCUAUUAUGGUGAA